UCUCUCUCUUUCCUUCCCAAUUUCUGAAGAACCGGAAGAACAAUAAGCUCUAAUGGCCAAUCGAAGUGUGAGAAAAAUGAAUGCCAGACUUCGACCCGACAUUCAAUUCCAGAUACAGAAACCGUCAAUUCAUGAUCAACAGGAGAAUAAGAAAUCAGGAAGGAGCAUAGAGAUGGGAGAUGAAAACGGUGGAAUUAUGAACAAUAGACGAAGAUUAAACAGAGAAAAGAAAAUGGCAUUGCUACAAGAUGUUGAUAAGCUGAAGAAGAAGCUGAGGCAUGAGGAGAAUGUUCACAGAGCUUUGAAGAGAGCUUUCACUAGACCUUUAGGAGCCUUGCCUCGUCUUCCUCCUUAUCUCCCUCCAUCUACACUUGAGCUUCUAGCUGAAGUAGCUGUUCUUGAAGAGGAAGUUGUCUGGCUUACAGAACGAGUUGUGAAUUUUCAACAAAAUCUUUAUGAAGAAGCUGCCUAUGUUUCCUCACAGCGGAAUGUCAAAAAUUUUGUCAAUACCUCUGAUCAAACAAGGAAUGCCAAGCAAACCUCUUGGAAAUCCAAUUCACCUUCAAAGGAAAACCAGUUGGCUUCUUGUUAUGUGAAAGAUAAACCUUCCCCAGAAAAGAAAGCCACAAAAAUUAUCAGCCCAUCCAAAAAGACAAAGAUGCCAACUGAACAUGAACUUGCAGAGAAGAGCUUAGAAAUUUUGAAGUUGCAGCUUGGGUCCAGAUUAAUGGAUCAUGAAAGAGCACAAGAGAGUUCUUGUGGUGCAUCAGAUAAUGUAGAAUCUAAGACAUCAGCUAACGAAAUUUCUGAGGAUAUUGUGAAGUGUUUGUGUUCCAUUUUUGUUCAAGAGGGCACUCCGAGAGACAAAUGUAUCAAAGGAAAUGAUAUUGUUUCCAGUCGAUGUCUCUUUACGGUCAAAGCGAACCCGAUUUAUCUCAACAAAAUGGUUAACACAGUUCCCCUAAUUCACAGGCUAAAGUAUGCUGAUUUUCUUUGUAAGUUGGGGAUUAAGCAUAUUAUUUUCCUUUGAAUUUAUUCUUGUUUAGUAAUGAUGUUUAGAUACCUACUUGGAAAGCUUG